AGGGGAGGUACUUGGGGUAGGGAUUGAGGAUUGAAAGUAUGAGAGAGAAAUCUGUCCUGCCACUCUGGUGACCAUUGUGGAGAUCCACACCAGCUUCCCCACCUUCGACGAGACUUAGAUGAGAAAACUGAAACCCAAAAAGAGACAGCACCUUUCCCAGGGUCACCUCCAACAUGCAGAUUCCUGCUGUGAUAUCUUUGUUCCUUGUGUCCAUGGGCCUUAUGGAAGCACUUCAGCCCCCUCAGGCCCAGAGCUACCCCAUCAUACGAAGAGAACUCUUCUCUCAAGAAAUGCCCCUGGACAUGGCCCUGGCCUCCUUUGAUGACCAGUAUGCUGGCUGUGCUGCAGCCAUGACAGCUGCUCUACCGGAUCUGAACCACACAGAGUUCCAGGCCAACAGAGUGUAUGCAGAUGGCUGGGCACUGGCAAGCAGCCACUGGCAGGAGCGCCGGGCCUGGGGACCAGAGUGGAACCUCAGCCCUACACCUCUGCCCCCACCACCCCCAGGCUUCCGCGAUGAGCAUGGAGUGGCCCUCCUGGCCUACACAGCCAACAGCCCCCUGCACAAGGAGUUUAACACAGCUGUGCGUGAAGCAGGCCGCUCGCGGGCCCACUACCUCCAUCACUUCUCCUUCAAGACGCUCCAUUUCCUGCUGACUGAGGCCCUGCAGCUGCUGGGCAGAAACCAGCAUCUGCCCCGGUGCCGCCAGGUGUUCCGGGGGGUACAUGGCCUGCGUUUCCGGCCAGCAGGGCCUGGAGCCACUGUAAGGCUGGGGGGCUUUGCUUCCGCAUCCCUGCAGAAUGUUGCAGCCCAGCAUUUUGGUGAGGACACCUUCUUUGGCAUCUGGACCUGCCUUGGAGCCCCUAUCAAAGGCUACUCCUUCUUCCCUGGAGAGGAAGAGGUGCUGAUUCCCCCCUUCGAGACUUUCCAGGUGAUCAAUGCCAGCAGACCCACCCAGGGCCCUGCCCGCAUCUACCUCCGGGCCCUGGGCAAGCACAGCACAUACAACUGCGAGUAUAUCAAAGCUCCAGCAGACACAUACAAACACCAGCAGGCGAGGAGGAUCCAGUCACGCAGCCCCCACCUUCCAUCCAAGGGGAGAUAUAACCUUCUGAAGAUAAGAAGUGCAAGUCUGGACCCUGUCAUCUGGAUAAUUCAGCAAUGGGCCAGGGCUCCUUCUCUGUAGCCUGGUCCCUGCCACUGCUACUCUGGUUCCUCGUGGUGAGGGCCUUUCCAGAGAAUCCAGGCCUCCUCUGACCCAUCUGACACUGAACAGCCCUGCCUGCUGCUGCCUGCCCUUAGGAUAUUGGUCAUGUGUGUGCUUUAAGUGUAGCAAAUUUCUCAGGCAAAUGUACCUGCAGGGAACUCUGGGACCUUUCCUAGAGCUGCUGUGGAGAAACAGGAAAGAAUUUUGGGACUGAACCUUACCCUCUGAAUAGAGUGAGGGGACUCCAGGACAGGCAACAUCUCGCUUGGAGACAGAAGUGACUUCAGCUCAUUUGGCGGGUAAUGGAAGGAGGAAAGCAUUUGGUCAUGGUACUUGCUGGUUUUACUCAAAUGCCUCACAUGUCCACUUGGAAAGCUCCUAUUCACUCUUCCAGGAGCCUUCUUGACCUCCCAUGGGGCUGAGUUAGGUGCCUCUGUGCUCCCCAGGUCCUAGAUGUCCUCGUGUCUAUGUCUGUCUGCCAUGUCAUACUGUGGGCUUCCUGGGGGCAGGGACUAAGGUCUGAGGCACAUAAGUAGCGCCAAGAAACGUGUGAAAGUCAGAAAUGAACAAAUACCUGGGAAUGCUUCUUCUGUGCAUUGCCUCUACUUUGGGUGCCAUCAAGCUCUGAAUUCCUGCAUGUGGGAACAGGGUGGACUUUACCUAACUCCAGAGCACAGAAAGCAGGGGAGAGAGAGAAUAGAGAGUUCUGGGCCCUCUACCAGGUUCUCAGUCAAAUCCCAUUCAUUUUCUUGUCAGAAAAGAUGUAAUUUCAGUUCUAAUCCAUGAACCCUAAGUUCUUCUCUCUAGAAAGACUGACCUGGAUCUCCAACUUCUAUCACCAGGCGCCCCAAGGGCAAAACAGUACACCAAGGGGCUGCUAGCCACACACUUCCUUUAUUAUGAGUUGGGGUUUUUUGGCCAAAGGUCUACAUAGCCACUUGCUCUGAAAACUAGACUAAGAAGCCCCUUUCCUGAGUCCCUAGGCAGAGAUCGGCAAGACCAGGUCCCUACAACAGGAAGACAGGAAAUAUGACAGUUCUGUUUCUUAUAUAAUGAUCAACACUCUCCCUACUAAGAGCUCUAACACCCAGCGUGGACAUUUAAAUCCAUGUUUCCAGGACUGUACUUUAUUUUUGGUUUUGUUUUUGUGACAGUCUUACUCUGUUGCCCAGGCUAGAGUGCCAUGGUGUCAGCCUAGCUUACAAUGACCUUAAGCUUCUGGGUUCAAAUGAUCCUCCUGCUCAGCCUCCUGAGUAGCUGGGACUACAGGGAUCCAGCACAAAACCAGCUAAUUUUUCUAUUUUUUUUGCAGUUUUUGGCUGGGGCUGGAUUUGAACCCGCCACCUCCAG